ACUGUAGCUUUAGCCGAUAUUUCUCUAAUAGAUUUGAUAAACAGCGCUAUGGCCAGGCUACCGUGUUACCCUGCCCUGUGGGGAUUGGUUGGCAUUGCUCAUUGUUUUCCAAGUUUGAGCAUGAGUGAAAACAAAGCAGACAUAAACCACAACCACCUCCUCCUCAACACGAGGAAAAUAAUAAUAAUAAUAAUGCCACCUCCUCUUCAUUGACGUUAUCAGUCAGUUGGUCAAGAACAUGCGUAAUUAGUCAUGCCUGAAUGGACACCCGGUUGUAUCUGUUGGGGAGAACGUCCGUGGAAUUAAUUACCACAAGUGAAUGAGGCGCUUACUCACCUAAUGACAGUCCACUGACAAUUUACCACCACAGACCACAAUGUUGGUUUGGCCCCUGCUAUGAUUAGUUUACUAUCAGCCGCUCCUUUUUACCAACAGUUGGGUUAUUUUAUUUCUGUUUUUUAUGAUUUAUUCUGCAUCCAGGUCUGCAGGAAUCAAUAACUGUGCACCUCACAAGCACAGACUGCUGCAGUGAAUAAAAUGGUACACGUGCACUGCAUCUUUAUAACACUGCACACUUUCUGAGAACAGGCUGCGCAGUGCAUGCGCUUCAAUGUACUGAAAAUUUUGCUUAAAAAACUAAUUUCCCUUCAUCGUCAUCCAUCCGUGUUGUUUUGAUUUGAUGCAAAUAUGCAAACGCCGUCACUUGACUAGGGCGUCGUCAGCUUCCAGGACUGUGGGCUAUAUAUAGUCUGAAAGUAAAGGCACUGGACAUGGAUGCUGAACGAAUCUCAGCUUACGUCGCCAGCUGUGUGCUGCUGCUGUCCCUGAGCUGGCGCACAUCCGAAGCUCUCCCGGUGCCCGCACCGAGCCCGGGGACCGGCGGUCAGUGCGCCGACUUCUACAAGAUGCUCCUGCUGAACAUCUCAAAAGCUCUGGACAGCAUUUAUUUGAGUGAUGGUAUCCAAUCGGAAAAAAUUGAGAUGAGGAAUACUGGGGAGACCGUACUGGCCUGUGCACCCACUCUGACUCAGAACUUAGGUUGCGUGACACAAAGAAAUUCUUCCUUCAGUGAGACUGAAUGUCUGAAGAACAUAAAGAAGGACCUGCUCUACUAUCAUGAAGCGAUUGCAUCUUACCUCACAGGUCCUCUCAAAAAUGGUCCAGAGGAAAUUAGACUUCUGAGCCCAAUCGUGGAAAUCACAAAGAAUCUCACAGAGAACUGCUUUCCGCAGCUGGACGUAGAGAACCUGCCCUCAAAGGAUGCCAAAGUGUGGGGCACUUUGGCAAUCCAGUCCUACAACAACCGGCUGGAGAUGAAUAAGAUGAUGAAAGGCUUCCACAUCAGAGCCAUCACUAUCAACCGAGCCAUUGGCUACAUCUCCUCGGGAGACCACAGGAAGUAAACGUCCUGCAACCUCUUCAACUUCAGCCUCAUCAAAUAAUAGCACAACAAAUAUCAAAUCUCUAUUAUCACAUCAGAACAAGCUGUCCUAAUUAGUCACUACCAUCUCUUUCAACUACUGACCAAGUUCUACAAUGUACCUGCUGCACAACUGUCUGCACUGAAGGAAGUUUACUCAGGCAUAAGCUCGCUGGUUCAACUCCAGUAUCUUCAUUCAGUAAGUGCUGAAGAAUGUUCAAAUUAUCGUUACGCUUAGGCGUGAGUUAUAAUGAUUUUAUUUAUUUAUUUAUUGCAUCUAUUUAUUUAUUUGA